GCGGGCGGGCCGGUGCGCGCCUGCGCGGGAGGCGGCGCCGGGCGGUGAAGUUGGUGGGAGCGCCGGUGAUAAAAUGCAUAAACUUAAAUCGUCCCAGAAGGACAAGGUCCGCCAGUUUAUCGCAUUUACCCAGGCUGGUGAAAGGACUGCUAUAUACUGCUUAACACAGAAUGAAUGGAAACUAGAAGUGGCAACAGACAACUACUUCCAGAAUCCAGACUUGUACUACAAAGAAUCCAUGAAAAAUUCAGUAGACAAGAAGAAAUUAGAACAAUUAUAUAAUCGAUACAAAGACCCACAAGAUGAAAAUAAAAUUGGCAUUGAUGGGAUUCAGCAGUUCUGUGAUGAUUUAAGCCUGGACCCAGCCAGUAUCAGUGUUCUGGUUGUGGCAUGGAAAUUCAGGGCAGCUACGCAGUGUGAAUUCAGUAAAAAGGAAUUUAUUGAUGGCAUGACAGAGUUGGGGUGUGACACCACAGAAAAGCUGAAAGCUCUAUUGCCAAGGUUGGAACAAGAGCUAAAGGAUCCAGCAAAGUUCAAAGAUUUUUAUCAGUUUACUUUUAACUUUGCUAAAAAUCCUGGACAAAAAGGUCUAGAUCUAGAAAUGGCAAUUGCAUAUUGGAAUUUAGUCUUGUCAGGAAGGUUUAAAUUUUUAGAUCUUUGGAAUAAAUUUUUGUUGGAACAUCAUAAAAGAUCAAUUCCAAAAGAUACUUGGAAUCUUUUGUUAGAUUUUGGAAAUAUGAUUGCAGAUGAUAUGUCCAACUAUGAUGAAGAAGGAGCGUGGCCUGUUCUAAUAGAUGAUUUUGUGGAAUAUGCACGACCAGUAGUCACAGGAGGAAAACAUAAAACUUCCUAACCCCAGAUUUGUUGAUAUGGACUAAAUGAACUGCAGUGGGUAAUGAAGAUUUGUUAGCUGAUAGCUGCACAUUGGUGCUGGUUUCAGUGGCUGGGAUGACAUUCUGCAGACAAAACUGAAAUUCCUCCUUUCUGCCUAAAGAAAAUGAUGACGGACAUGUGGACACUUCAAGAACAAACUCAGAAGAUCCAAGCUGUUUGUAGGCUAUUGGCUUCAAUUAUUGUACUGGUUGUAUCAUAUAGGAUGUAGAUUUUGCAUGUUUUUAUACUUUGGAGAAGUUUAACUAGAGGCCAUUUUAUUAAAGUUUUGACAGCACAGCAUGCCAUUCAGUUCAUAAUCCAAAGUGAACACCAGCAGUUACAUAAAUAAAAAUGUAUUAUAUUGUACUUAUAUUAAAAGCAGUAUUUGUGGUAUAUAAAUUAAAUCCAUAAAUAAAACUUAUGCAGUAUGUUGUAUUUUUAUAAAAGUUCUGUGGAUCUGUCUUGCUACAGAAUUGUGAAAAAACCUCAAACAAAUGAACAUAUGCUUUUUUUGUUUUUAAUUUAUUGCCAGAAUGUUACAUCUGUAUUUUCACAUCCUUGAUGUAUACAGUCAUCACAUCCAGCCUUUUGCUUUCUCCCAAUGAAUUUGCCUUCCUCAUUUUUCUUCUUGAAGUGCUUGGACAUGUAACAAUAGCAUUGCUGAGGACAGGCUGCUGCUCUAUGCUGUGUUGCAACUCCAGCUUUUUUUAGUAACCGUUUCAAAGCAGACAUUAAACAACCAAAGAUGCUUUUGUAAUUCAUGUUUAAUUACCAUAAUUCAGUUAGUCUCUAAUUGUGUAUUUUAUUUAUUUUAAUAAGGAACUGGUGGAAUAUGGAUUUUAUUUGUAGCUCAAAACAUAUCAUAAAUUCUAGGUAAACAUAACGUAGUUGCAAAUUCAUUUCCUGGCACUUCUCACAGAAAAUAGAUGCAAGUAAUCCCAAAGACUUAACUAGUUGGCUUCCAUGGUGGAGAAAUAGUUAGGGGUAAGGAAACUUUAUAUUUAUGAUUAUAAGUAUUCAUGCCUGUGAUUGUGUUGUUCAUUCAAUUAUAUUUAAGUGUUCUGUUUCUCAUCAGUGUCUUCUGAUGUCUAAGCACAAAAAAGUUUUACCAGAAACUAUUUGGCGUGUCUUCACACAGGGCUCUUGCAAAUGCUACCUCAUCAAAAUGAGUGUGUCAUAGCCACUGUAAAAGUUUGUUAAAAUGAAGAGUUGCUAGAGAGUAUGUACAGCUAUGAUCAAUAUAUUUUCUGUAUUUAAGGCUGAAUAGAUGCAAGAAUUUUGGAGAAAAUAGUGCAUUAAGUUAUAUAAAUUAUAUCUGUUUGGAUCAUUGAAGUGUUGCAUGACAACAGACUCUUUUGUUUUGUAGUUGCCAGGGUAUAAAAGCUUACAAUAUUCUCUUAAACUCUAAUAUUUAGAGUUUCAUACAAGCAUUAUGUCAACACAACCUGCAAGGACAAGUGUACAUGCUGUAUACAGAGACUGCCUUCGUUCUUCGACUUGCUAGAAUUUCAGUUGUGCAUGACGUUUAAAAAGCAAGAUUAGGGAAGAUUUCAACAAAUUAGUGAUUUUUCUCUUAGUAAGGGCCUAGCAAGCAAGAUACAAAUACCCAGUGAGUGGUUUGUUAUGCAUAUUUGUCUUUUUUUUUUUUUUUUGAGUGUUAGCCCUGGCCAAACAGCCGCCAGGUGUCAGCGUCUGAGCCUACUGCUGCAUGGUGCUCCUGUGCAGUUAGUUACCCACUGAGGUUAUACCAAAUUUCUGCUUUCUGACUGCAUCUUUUUAGAAAAGCAUUUGUGUACAUAACUCCAAGUAUUCUACAGAAAUCAGCAGAGAGCUAGAAGUAGUUAUACUGUUUUUACUGCAUUUGAUUUAUGUACACCUCCUCCCCAAAGCUAGCCAUUUCUAUAUCUGUCCCACAGGCUUUGCAGAAUGUGUAACAUCUUACAGCAUCAAUUGCAUUUAUCUAGCCAGAAGCAGUGGAAUGCUUGUUCCUCACACAAUUGCCACUUAAAAUAUAUAGAUAAAAUAUAAAUGACCAGAAGUAGCUUAAUUUAUUGGUAUGUGAUAUAACUGAAGUUUCAUAGCAUUAGAGCUUGUGAAACAUUUGCUCAUGAUGAGAGCUCCAUCAAAUCAUUCUGAUGAACCUUCUACCUUUUAGAAUAAAUAGAGCAUAAAAAUGCAUGUGAGUUGAGGGUUUUUUCCCUUGUUAAUCAGAGCAAGAAGGAAGGGGUGCUUAGCCCAGGAUUUGGUGCGUGUGUGUGUAUAUAUAUAUAUAUAUGUACACACACAUUUAAGUCUCAUUCCUGGGGGGAUCCUUCAUGGGUGACAGUGGAAGACUGGGCAAAAUACUCCAGAGAUAGUAGCUGGUCCUUGUGAGCCAGUUUUUGAGGUUUGCUAUGCUUUUCCUUUUUCUUUUGUUCUUCCUGGUCCUCUACCCAUUUUAAAUCACAGGUGAUUUUUACAUUCCCAUAUGAAAUAACACCUUAAUACUUGAACAGUCAAAAAAAUGCAAAUAAGCUGCUUUCACCUCACAAGUUUGUUACAUAUUUUAAUCAUUUGCUGCUGUCCACAGUUCCACUUUACAGGGUACUCUGACUUCCAUUUUAAGUAAGCUGAUACAGUGGUAACACCUAGGCUACUCAAUUUAUAAUCCUAAAUGGUACGGAUGUCUUCAAGUUGUUCAGUGCGUACAGUAUUACUUCACAGAUAUGCUGUAUGUAUUUUUAAACUUGGUGCCAAGUUGUUUGGUUUGAAACUGAGCCAUAGGAUUUGUACUUGCCAAUUUCUAAAUUUAAAUGUAAUUUAUCAUGUGUGUCAUGCCAAGGAGAGCAAACCUGCAGGCAUCUGCUUAUUCAAUGCACCUGGGAGAUUUGCUGCUGAGUAAGCUGUACAUGUGUGUAUAUUUUUUGGCAAUGGAAAAAGGAAUAAAUGGACUGUCAAAG